CAGGAAUGCAGCUCGUCAACAAAGCUAACAUCGUUAGCUUUCGUUUCGCAUCAGCUGGAGCUGUCGGCGGCUGAUAGAAGUAUCCGCAGGCUGUGUGUCACUUGUCUCCAGGGGUGUGUGAAACGUCGUUAAAGCUGUCAAACUGCUGUCUUCACAGCCUCAAAGGUGCCAAAACCAGCAGUAUGACUACAGCGCAGUCGGUGUUGCUGCUAGCAGUGCAUAUUCUGCUGAUCUCGGAGUUCAUCCUGGCCAAGAGAGACUACUACGACAUACUGGGGGUGCCCAAAGAUGCCACUGAGCGCCAGAUCAAGAAGGCCUUCCAUAAACUGGCCCUGAAGUACCACCCUGACCGAAACAAGGGCCCAGACGCCGAGGCCAAGUUCAGAGAAAUAGCAGAGGCAUACGAGACGCUAUCAGAUGAUAAGAGGAGGCGAGAGUACGACCAGUUUGGGCAUGGCCCGUCACCAGGGGGGGGCCAUAGAGGAGGAGGAGGUGGAGGAGGAGACUACAACUUCAACCAGCACUACCAGUCCUUCAACUUCAACUUUGAUGACAUGUUCAAAGACUUUGACCCUUUUGGUCAGCAACACCACCAACACCAACACCAACACCACUUUCACUCCCACUCCCAAUCCCAAAAUCAAGCCCACCAAAAGAGACACUUUGACAGCCACUUCCAGGCCCACCGGGAUGCUAUGAACAGACACAGGGGACAGUUUCAGCAGGGGCGCUUUGGUGGAGGACUCUUUGAUGACAUGUUUGAGGACUUGGAGAAGAUGUUCUCCUUUAACACGCACAGCUCCAGGACUGAGAGCAGAUUCCAGGGCACGGGAAAGCAGCACUGCAGGACAGUGACCCAGCGUAGGGGGAACAUGGUGACCACCUUCACCGACUGCUCCUGAGGCAAGCGAGAAAAUGACCUUCUACAGGAAUGCGGCCACUGGGGACACUGCUGGGUUUUUAGUUGUAGUUUUGGAAUUGAAUGCUAAUUUAUCACUUGGUGGAAUAGAGAACAGUUUUGUGUGGCUUUUUUAAUUUUCUUUAUGUAAUUUCCUCUAGGAACAAAAAUCCAAGCUGGCCUGAUAAACGGCUGCUUCCAAGCAAUAACUUACUCACCUUAUUGCUCAUAGCAUGUUAUAAGUCUUAGGUUUAUUCAAAUACCUCCUUAUUACUCAGCUUUCCAGGUUCAUUAUGUUUACUUGUGUUAAUUUUUUAUGAUGGUACAAUCUGUUAGACUCAGGUAUGGCCUAAGGUUAAUUAAAAAAAAAUAACAUAAUGAGGCAAUAAGAUUUAUUAAAACACCACAGAUGUGACAUUGUGAAACCUUCCUUUUGCAGCUAUUUAGGCCAUACUAUUAUUGUUCUCUCUACAAUAUAAACCAGGCUUUGCUCAUUUAAGCAUAGUGUACUCUGGACGUGUACAUUUUCUCUCUUGGUUUUUAGUCAUUAGCUUAAAAAUUAGCAGACAUUACACAGUAAGUCUCACAAAUGUGCGAUUUAUAGAACGUGCAUCAAAUUUUGCUGUGAAAAUGGAGCUUCACAUCCUGCGAUGUGUGCAAGUCGGUCAUUAUCAACUGUUACCUCGUUUUAGUUCCUUCCUACAGCGUUGCAUUUGCCUUCACUCAGUCAGGGUAGGAAAUGAACAUCAGUCCGAUGACAAAUGCUGGUAUACUUAGCCACAGGCAAAGUUUGUGUUCUCUCAGCUGAUUUGUAACCAUUUGUUUGGAUGGCUACAAAAACCUGGGGUCAUCUGCCAGUGAAGCUGAAUGGUCUGAAAAGUUUCCUGAACUGAUCAUAAUGUGCAAUAUUUAGCACCUUUGCUCUUCAUGUUGCCUAUCUUUCAUAGACAGUGUUGUGUUAAUGUCAUUGUCUAACAUCAGCACUUUGCGUGUGUGUGCGCGUGUGUGCGUGUGUGUGUGUUCACUGAGAGUGGCUUGAAUGUUGAUUGGUUGCAAAAUAUUUGGAGAAUGAAUAAAAAGUUACAAGCGCAAA